AAGAGCUACGAACAACGACUUAUCAUUAGCAGGCAGAUCAAAUACCAUGUACGAGACACAAGCUUACUCGAGGACUAGCUUGAAAUGGCAAGGGUUCAAGGAAAAGUUACCGCGUGGACACUGGAAACUAAGAUGGCGGACAGGUAACGUAGAAGAUAAAAGAUGACUUGGUCGUAAGUUAGAGAUUAGCGAUGGGACAAGAUCAAAGCAGUGGCUUUCCAGGUCAGAUGGGCCAUCCAAAUGUUCCUGCUUCCGCACAUUCCGUAGGGAAAGUUAAAGAUGACGAUGGAAAAUCGAAAUCCAAACAGAGAGCGAAAUUGGAAGACAUCAUGGUCGUGAAUGCCCCAACAGGAAAGACAAAGCUUGUUUCCAAAAAUGAAGAUCACGAUAUAAGGAAUUUGAACGAAUUACCUUACUUUCUACCACUGCUGAGAAGCACUGUCAAUGUUCCUGCGAGCAGAGACUUAGAUUUCUUGGAUAAAUUCGAUUUGCGUCCUUGCUUGUCGUUGUGUUCGCGCUACGAGAAACAUUUGAAACAGUGCGCUGAAGCUGUAUCGUUUGAUCAACAUAUGCUGUCAUCACAGAUUCGAGAAAUGGAUACAUACUGUGCCUCAGUUCUACGAAGAGUGAACGAUAGAUAUAAAAGAUUGUCUCAGGUAGCGAUGCAGAUGAAAAAAGUCGAAGAAAUGAAUACAAAUUUGAGGAGAAUUGAUGCUAAUCUUAAGCGCCUUGUUCCAAUGAUGGAAAGACUAAAUAACGUUUUACCCGAUGAGGAACGCCUCGAGGAGUUUGCUUUAUCUCCAUAUAGUAUACAACGAUGAUACCGAGACCUAUUGUGGCUAAAGGCAACGUACCUGUAAUUUUAGCCUUUAUUUCAGCUUUAAAGCACCUAGCCACCUAUCUUUAUCUCAUUAUCUAAUGUGCUGUUCCUUGUCCCUCAAACUUUACAGACAAGUUUGAACUCAAUUCUGCUAUGUUCUAUAUAAUAUUAUACAGUGAGCUAAGUUACCCAUGCAGUUUGAUUGCCGUUACAAUUUAUUGGAGUACAGACACGUAGAUAACUUCAUUAGUGACAGUUUCUGGCUUCUUUAUCACAUAAAACGAAUAGAUUCCAUGUUUCCCUGCAUCUGUAGAUCAAAAUGUGUUAACCCUUUAACUCCCAGAAGUGAUUCACGAGUAACUUCUCCCUCUAAUAUCCAUGCAUUAUCCAGCAAACUUAUUAGGUUGGAGUUUUUUUCUAGAUAAAACACCAAAUUCUCAUAACUGAUUUCCAAGGAAAUGUGUAGCAGUUUAAGGAGAAAAUUCUCAAUUGGAUCUUGGGAGUCAAUGGUUGAGAACUAAAAAGUGGCACAUGAGGCACAGCUAAGUGUCAUUGUUUCUACCACAUUCUGAUAUCAUGUGAUCUGUUACCAACAGACACACACCAACAUGAAAUCUAUAAUUUUUGUUAAACUGAUGCUCCAAGCUCUAGCUCCCAAAAGGGCUGAUGACCUGAGGUGAAGACUCAAAUGACAAUGAGAGGCUUAAAAUAGUCCGUUUGUGAAUUGAAGAGUGGAUCACCUCUGAAGCCUCUUCUUGCUCUGUGGUAAAGUCAACUUAAUAGUUAUCUGACAACAUCUUUUUUUAGCUUCUCUUUGUUUUUUCCUUUGGAUAUGUGCACCUCUAGUCAUUUCAUUUUUCACUAUGUUUUGAAUUCUAAGAUACAACCUUCUUCUGGUUCCCAUUAAAUCUGAAAUCUAUUUUUUUCAUGAAGAUUUAAUUUUAAUGUACAAAAAGGCUACUGUAAGUUUCUAAAGAAACUAGUGCUGGUUGGUGCAGGCAUCUUGUUAUACUUGGAGGGACUUGAUUAAAUGUUACUCAAAAGAA